AUGUCCGGGAUCACCGUUAAUUACGCUUGUAAUGACUGUUUAACAUCAACGCAGCAGCUCAACUCGACGGAAAUGUACACGCAUUCGCACAUUGAUGAAGACGAUGAACUUCUUAAGUACAUUUGGAGAGAAUAUUUGCAUCCCAAACAAUAUGAAUGGGUGCUCAUUGCUGGAUAUAUCAUAGUUUUCCUCGUAUCUUUGAUCGGAAACACAUUGGUUUGUUUUGCAGUUUGGAAAAAUCAUCACAUGCGUACAGUGACCAACUACUUUAUUGUAAACCUGUCCUUCGCUGACAUCCUGGUCACGAUCACAUGUCUUCCUGCAAGUCUUGUGGUGGACAUCACAGAAACCUGGUUCUUUGGACAGACCCUGUGUAAGAUACUACCUUACUUACAGACUAUCUCUGUGUCUGUAUCAGUUCUGACUCUAAGCUGCAUCGCUCAGGACCGCUGGUAUGCAAUCUGCCACCCCCUGAAGUUCAAGAGCACUGCCAAAAGAGCCCGUAAGAGUAUCGUCCUAAUCUGGCUGGUUUCCUGUGUGAUCAUGAUUCCCCAAGCCAUAGUGAUGGAGUGCAGCAGUUUGCUGCCGGAGCUAACCAACAAAACCAGCCUCUUCACUGUGUGUGAUGAACACUGGGCAGAUGAAAUCUACCCCAAAAUCUACCACACCUGCUUCUUUAUAGUCACAUAUUUUGCUCCAUUAUGUUUGAUGGUGCUGGCAUACAUUCAGAUCUGCCAUAAACUCUGGUGUCAACAGAUUCCUGGGACGUCAUCGGGGCUUCAGAGAAAAUGGAAGUCGCUGCAGUGUUCUGCUCAGGCUACAAGCUCAGGAGAAUCGGUUAAGGUCAGAACCAGCACCGUGUCAGCCGAAAUCAAACAGGUGAAAGCCCGACGGAAGACAGCGCGCAUGCUGAUGGUGGUGCUGUUUGUCUUCGCCCUCUGUUACCUGCCCAUUAGUGUGCUAAACAUCAUGAAGAGAGUAUUUGGUGCAUUUAAGAACACAGACAAUCGAGAGACCGUAUAUGCCUGGUUCACCUUCUCACACUGGCUCAUAUAUGCCAACAGUGCAGCCAACCCCAUUAUCUACAAUUUCCUCAGUGGUAAAUUUCGAGAGGAGUUCAAAGCAGCAUUCAUCUGUCAUUGCUCCUGUAGGAAUAAGCCGCACAAGGAGAGAGUUCGAGUGAGAACCAGCACGGAUAGCCGCAAAUCUCUGUCCACCCAAGUCAACAAUUUUGACAACAUCUCCAGGAUAUCUGACCAGGCAGUGUAG